CUUCCUAUCUUGACAGGUGUGGAGGUCAACAUGCUAUGGAUUUGAUACCGUCCGGUGCACAGUACGCUGCUGGCGGGGACACACCGCAGGUACUUCCCUCCUCUUACGUUACCCGUCCUCGCGAUGUCGGUGCCGGUGCCGCCGUGUCGAGCGCGUGCCUCUGAUCUAGAUCACAGGUCGAUCAUAUAGAUCAGAGCCAGAGAGGGAAGUUUACCUCCAGCGACCCGAGGAGAGAGAGGCGGAUAACGCUUUAACUUGCACGGUGUACGGCAUGAUACUGUGAGAAGGCUGCAUGCGGCAGCCUGGACGGACAUGAUGGAGGAGGCUGCCAGUCAGCUGGAGAGAGACCAUGUGCACAGUGUCUACGACAAGAUCGCUCCAUAUUUCAACGACAGCCGCUAUAAAGCCUGGCCCAAGGUACGCCAGUUCCUGCUGGACCUGCAGCCGGGGAGCAUUGUGGCUGACAUCGGUUGUGGCAAUGGCAAGUAUCUCCACAUCAACGAGGAGGUGUUCAAGCUAGGGUGCGAUGUUUGUCGCCCCUUGGUGGACUUUGCCUGGAGCCAAGGACACGAGGUCCAGAUGUGCGACGGCCUGCAUUUGCCUUACAGAGACGGCUGCUUCGACGCCGUGCUCUCUAUUGCAGUCAUCCAUCAUUUGUCCACCAAAGAACGGCGUAUCCGAGCAAUAAAGGAGAUGGCUCGCACCCUGCAAGUGGGCGGACGCAUCAUGAUCUACGUGUGGGCCAUGGAGCAGAAACGCCGUCGAUUUGAGAAACAGGACAUCUUCGUUCCCUGGAACCCCAACCCCCACUCGCCCUCCGGCUUCAACGCGGAGCACGCCACACCCAGAAGGAGGGCCGCAGCUCAGAGCGCGAGCGAAGCCAUAGACAACACCGACAAGCACAGGAAGGUUAGAAGCACAUCGUCCGUUGCGGACGAGGAAGACCUGAGCGGCACCACGCCACAGCAGAGCACACAGAGACUGUGGUUCUUCUCCAGGUCUCUGGAUUCUGUCUUCGACUUCGGAAGCCUGUCCAUCUCCCGCUCAUCCUCCAGAGAUCUGAGCACUUUAUCAACACCCACAGGCGAGAACGACGGAAACAAGGCCAGCCGGCGCGGGAGAGGGCAACGCCUCAUCAAGCAGGUCUCCAGCUUCUUUUACCCGCCGUCUGCGAUCGGAUCAGAAGAGGACGUCUUUGACUCGGUCCCAGGCCUGAACAAGGGACAAAAUGAUCCCGGAGGCAACAACAACCCCACCACAACCACUAAUAACUACAACAACGGCCCAGCAAACCAGACUGUCGCAGUGUCUUUAGUCCAGGAUUGUGGCUCUCUGGCCCUUCCAGAUCUGGUCCCUUUCCAGGAGCACCUGAAGCCGUCCGGAGACGAAAGCAGAGGAGGGCUGCAGGGAGAAGAGCAGCAUCAGAGCACAAGGAGUCCUCAAGGGAGCGAGGGACGGGCGGAGGGCUCCUGCCUGAGGUACUAUCACGUCUUCAGGGAGGGCGAGCUGGCGGAGCUGAUAGAGAAUCACGUCGAAGAGCUUCAUGUCAAACACACCUACUUUGAUCACGCCAACUGGUGUGUGGUGGCAGAGAAAGUUCAGGUGUGGAGAAUAUGAUUUUAAUUUUUACAUUUUGCAUCAACUCUGCCUCAAGUUUUAGCACUGAAUCACACAGAUAAAGGUUAUUACACCCGUGUGACUAAAAGGUGAAUACAUCUACUGAUGCAGCCAUUGCUGAAGGUACAUGAAACACUAAACUACUCCACUGCUAAAAUUCUCUAUUCUCUACUCCAAACCACUGUUUGGAAAAUGUAAUUUAUUAUUAACUUAUUAGUUUUUAACAGUCCCUAGAGCAUUAAAUGUUUUAGAGGGUAUCACUGUAAGUGUGUUGCAGCAGCAGUGGGGUUGCACAGAGGAUGAACAGCAAUGGCUGACAAUUAUAAACUGUACCACGUUUUUUAAUUAUUUUUUUUUAAGUAUUUAUUCGAUGUCAUGAAACCAACAAGCAGUCCCCAGAUAUCCAGUGUGUGUUCUCUUUUAGGAUCAAGAUGAGUUUUUAAUAUGAAACCAUGGCGAGCUCCAGAGUGGGUAAUGAUUUUAACUUUUUAUUAUUAUUUUUUUAUUUUUUUUUAAAGAGCAUUUCUGCAGGAGAGAUGUUUGGAUUUUUAAUGUUGGCCAAAGAGAAAUUUGUAAGAAUUAAGUAAACUCUUCCACCUGCAGUGUAAACUUCUUACUUCAUUAUUUCGUGUCUGCCUGUUUUUACAAUCCUUAUCCCUGACUGUGAGCUAAACUUACAGCAAGUAUCUGUUAUGAACUUCUUGGUGGGUCAUGUGUAAUCCAUCAUAACACUAUCAUAAGAAGAGCUCAAAGUUGUGGAGAAUAUCUUCCAGAACAUUUGUGCAUUUGCUUGUUGUGUUUUAUUCACCCAAGUGUUUCGAAGAACGUGUUGCCAGUGUGUGUGCGCGUGCGUGUGCGCUCGAUGCUUGUAAUAUUUGUGUACUGUCUCGUGUUGAACUAACACCACUGGUUUGUUUCAGCAAAUCAACUGCCUCAUAUACUGUGAAUAAACAUUGCACUGUAAAAUUAAUCUGUCGCUGCUUGAUGUCAGUGAGUGACAUAGAAAGAAACACGUUAAUGUUCCCGUUGUUUCACGGACGAUGCCUGUCCUUCUCAAUAGUGUGGACCAAUAGUUUGUUCUGAACGGACACCGGUACCUUAAUGUCUCUGUGACCUGAUGUAAAGACUUUUGAGUUUGAAUUUGUUUUUCCUUAUUAAAUAUUUUGAUCA